GUCGUUCUCCAAACGGGCAUAUCACCAUGGCGGCCGAACAGAGAAAGCUGCUGGAGCAGCUCAUGGGCGAUUCCAUGAUGCAGGCUCCAGGCAUGGUCAAGCAGCCCGCCCUCACCAUCACCGACCCCAAGGUCUGCCGCUCAUACCUCUGCGGCGCCUGUCCCCACGACCUCUUCACCAAUACGAAGCAGGAUAUUGGUCCAUGCUCCAAGACCCAUCUACCCAACUUGCGCGAGGAGUUUCAGUCUGCCUCGGACGCGCAAAAGCGCGAGUGGGGCUUCGAAUUCGAUUAUCAGCGUGACAUUAACUCGUACGUCAGCGAGUGCGACCGGCGUAUCGACUCUGCGCAGCGUAGAUUGGAAAAGACCCCCGACGAGAUCCGACAGACGACGGCCAUGCUGAAGAGGAUUGGCGAUUUGACGCGGACUAUCGAGGCGAGCAUUGUGGAAAUUCAAAUACUGGCCGAGGAAGGCAGCGUGAAUCUGGCAGUGCAGCAGUUUCACGAGUUGAAGCUGCAAAAGGUGGAGAAGGAGAAUCAGGAACGCGACAUGAAAGCCUUGUCAGAAACCCAAGGACCGAGUGGACACCAGAAGCUCCAGGUGUGUGAUGUGUGCGGCGCGUACCUUUCUCGACUGGACAACGAUCGCCGGCUGGCGGAUCACUUCUUUGGAAAGAUGCAUUUGGGCUAUGCGAAGAUGCGAUCGGAAAGUGACCGACUGUCCAAGGAGUUGAAAGGACGGCAGCCACCAAUUAGGCAAGAGCCCAUGGACGACAGAGGCGGUUACGACGACGGCUAUGGCUCCAGGAACAAUUACGGCCCGGGUGGCUAUGGAGGAGGCGGCGGUAGAGGUGGUUAUGGCGGCGGUAGAGGCCGUGGCAGGGGAGGUGGCGGCGGAGGCUAUGGACAGCGGUGGUAGUAUGGUCAUGGGAGAGCAAGAUCUGUGCACAGAAGCGAAAGGCUUGCUGCAUUGUCUUACCACUAUGAAGCUAUUAUACCGAAGACGACGACGAGAAAUCUCGCCAAAGGUCGUUGCAGAGAUUCCGCGAUGAGAACGUUCCCUCUGCGGACUAGGCCAGCAAAUGGUCGUACGAUGCGAUUCUGCACUGUACAAGAGAGGAAUUAGAAUCGGCUUGGGCCGUGCAGUUGACACAGGUGGUUGCCGACAACCAGCUACGACAAACUGCUUGAGCUAUGCUGCCGUGCCUCGACCACGCCUGGACUACACUCUGACAUCUAGAGCCGACGCUCAUGGCGCGUCCCUUGUUGCUGCUUCCCGGAAGUACUCCACGCAGCACGCGUGAUUUCAACGUAUUGCCACCAGUCGAGGCAUCACUUGCAAUUGCAAGAGCUGAGGAGAAGCAGAUCCCAAUGCAAUCCUCGUCUUUGCCGCCAGCAUGGCGAAGGGACGGAUCAGAGUGUUCACAUGACCAUAGCAGUAAUCCUCAAACAGAUAUCAGAAUAGCUUAUGCUCUUUCGAUUACUGUAUACCCACUAUGCAG